AAAAAAAGGUAUGGUAUCCUCUUAUGGGUAUAUCUGACUAUCAAGGGUACCUGUUGAUUCUUAGUGUGUAAUAUGUAGCAAAUGUUUUCUGUUUGUAUGUGUUAGAACUCAUAGCCAUGGGUUGUCGGGGUUUGUGUAACUCGUGAAUAAUAGAAUACAUUAGUUUACUUGGAUUCCAUAUACUGUAGCUCGUCCCACAUCGACUAGAUAAGCUUCCUCUGGUUGGUUUAUAACUCGCUAUGUAAGAACACAUACUGUCCCUUCGGGGACAUCUGAUAAAAUUGGAACGAUACAGAGAAGAUUAGCAUGGCCCCUGCGCAAGGAUGACACGCACAAAUCGAGAAAUGGUCCAAAUUUUUUUCCGGACCUCCGUUAUGGUUUAUUUCAACCUUUUAAACUUUUUUUUUUGCCCCUGCACAAGGAUCACACGCACAAAUCGAUAAAUUGUCCAAAUUUUUUUUUCAACCUCCGUUAUGGUUUAUUUCAACCUUUUAAACUUUUUUCUUUUGUUAUGCGAUGAGAAAAUAUGUAAGUAAAUGUAAUGUCAAACAAAGUAUACAUUAAAUUAGAGUUAGGUUGUACCAAACUUUUAUUAAAGACAGACCUACCAUUGUCUUUUUAAAUAGCACAUAUCAGAAAGUGUGAAUGUGAAUUAUAACUUUUUAUGAUAUUUUCGUUUCGGUGUUUAAAAUAAUUGUGAGAGACAAAGAUGGAAGGAUUUGAAGGGAUUGAACACAAAUUUAUAGAUGCCAAUGGGAUAAAGAUGCACGUUGCAGAAAUGGGUCAAGGCCCUAUAGUGUUACUAGUUCACGGUUUCCCUGAACUCUGGUACUCCUGGCGCCACCAGAUCCUUUACUUAGCGGCCCAUGGGUACCGUGCUGUAGCCCCUGAUCUCCGUGGCUACGGAGACACCACUGGUGCGCCUGUAGAUGAUCAUACCAAAUUCACUACAAUGCACGCCGUAGGUGAUCUGGUUGCACUCAUUGACGCCAUUGGUGGAGGAGAUAAGAAGGUGUUUGUUGUUGGGCAUGAUUGGGGUGCUCAUAUCGCUUGGAGACUUUGUUUGUUUAGACCUGAUAAAGUCAAAGCCUUGAUCAGUUUGAGUGUUCCCUUUACUCCAAGAAAUCCUGGACAGAAACCUGUACAGAUUUUCCAUGCUGCAUAUGGAGAGGAUCACUACAUUUGCAGAUUUCAGGAAACAGGAGGAAUGGAAGGUGUUUUUGCAAGUCUUGGAACUAAAAAAGUUGUUACAAAAUUCUUGACAUAUCGUGAUCCCCAGCCUUUUUAUUUUCCUAAAGAUAAACCUUUUGGAGAUGCACAUGAUACUCAAGUCAUCUUGCCUGCUUGGUUAUCUGAAGAAGAUAUUGAUUAUUACACCCAUAAAUUUGACCAAACUGGCUUCACCGGAGGGAUUAACUACUACCGUUGUUUUGAUCUAAAUUGGGAACUUGAAGCACCUUGGACAGAGGCUAAAAUCAACGUACCAGUGAAGUUUGUUGUAGGAGAGUUAGAUUUGGUGUAUAGUAUCCCAGGGGUCAAGGAAUACAUACACAAUGGUGGAUUUCACAAAUAUGUACCUAUGUUGGAAGAAGUUGUUGUGAUUAAAGGUGCGGCUCAUUUCAUCACUCAAGAGGUCCCAGAUAAGGUCAACAAAAACAUUUACGACUUCCUUCAGAAGUUCUAAUCCUCGAUCUUUCGAUAUGCUUUUGUGACUGUCCAUGAUUCCGUAGAGAUCUCAAGGUCUCGGUUUAAUCAUAUAUGUGUUGAGGUUACUCGCAGUAACGUACAAUUGGUGUGUAACAAUCUUAGAAAAUUGAAAUUACCCUCUUAAUUGGCUAGGAUAUA